UCUCUUUCACCAGUCAGAUCUCCCCUUCUCCAGCCCUGUCUCUCUUUCACCAAUCAGAUCCCCCCCUUCUCCCGUCCUUUACCUCGUUCUCCAAUCAGAUCCCCUAUAUCCCCUUCUCCAGUCUUGUUUCUCUUUCACCAAUCAGAUCCCCCCUUCUCCAGCCCUGUCUCUCUUUCACCAAUCAGAUCUCCCCUUCUCCAGCCCUGUCUCUCUUUCACCAAUCAGAUCCCCCCUUCUCCAGCCGUGUCUCUCUUUCACCAAUCAGAUCCUCCCCUUCUCCAGCCCUGUCUCUCUUUUACCAGUCAGAUCUCCCCUUCUCCAGCCCUGUCUCUCUUUCACCAAUCAGAUCUUCCCUUCUCCAGCCCUGUCUCUCUUUCACCAAUCAGAUCUCCCCUUCUCCAGCCGUGUCUCUCUUUCACCAAUCAGAUCUCCCCUUCUCCAGCCCUGUCUCUCUUUCACCAAUCAGAUCUCCCCUUCUCCAGCCCUGUCUCUCUUUCACCAAUCAGAUCUCCCCUUCUCCAGCCCUGUCUCUCUUUCACCAAUCAGAACCCCCCUUCUCCCGUCCUUUACCUCGUUCACCAAUCAGAUCUCCCCUUCUCCAGCCCUGUCUCUCUUUCACCAAUCAGAUCCCCCCCUUCUCCCGUCCUUUACCUCGUUCACCAAUCAGAUCUCCCCUUCUCCAGCCCUGUCUCUCUUUCACCAAUCAGAUCUCCCCUUCUCCAGCCCUAUCUCCCCUUCUCCAGCCCUGUCUCUCUUUCACCAAUCAGAUCUCCCCUUCUCCAGCCCUGUCUCUCUUUCACCAAUCAGAUCUCCCCUUCUCCAGCCCUGUCUCUCUUUCACCAAUCAGAUCUCCCCUUCUCCAGCCCUGUCUCUCUUUCACCAAUCAGAUCUCCCCUUCUCCAGCCUUGUCUCUCUUUCACCAAUCAGAUCUCCCCUUCUCCAGCCUUGUCUCUCUUUCACCAAUCAGAUCUCCCCUUCUCCAGCCCUGUCUCCCUUUCACCAAUCAGAUCUCCCCUUCUCCAGCCCUGUCUCUCUUUCACCAAUCAGAUCUCCCCUUCUCCAGCCCUGUCUCUCUUUCACCAAUCAGAUCUCCCCUUCUCCAGCCCUGUCUCUCUUUCACCAAUCAGAUCUCCCCUUCUCCAGCCUUGUCUCUCUUUCACCAAUCAGAUCUCCCCUUCUCCAGCCCUGUCUCUCUUUCACCAAUCAGAUCUCCCCUUCUCCAGCCCUGUCUCUCUUUCACCAAUCAGAUCUCCCCUUCUCCAGCCCUGUCUCUCUUUCACCAAUCAGAUCUCCCCUUCUCCAGCCCUGUCUCUCUUUCACCAAUCAGAUCUCCCCUUCUCCAGCCCUGUCUCUCUUUCACCAAUCAGAUCUCCCCUUCUCCAGCCCUGUCUCUCUUUCACCAAUCAGAUCUCCCCUUCUCCAGCCCUGUCUCUCUUUCACCAAUCAGAUCUCCCCUUCUCCAGCCCUGUCUCUCUUUCACCAAUCAGAUCUCCCCUUCUCCAGCCCUGUCUCUCUUUCACCAAUCAGAUCUCCCCUUCUCCAGCCCUGUCUCUCUUUCACCAAUCAGAUCUCCCCUUCUCCAGCCCUGUCUCUCUUUCACCAAUCAGAUCUCCCCUUCUCCAGCCCUGUCUCUCUUUCACAAUCAGAUCUCCCCUUCUCCAGCCCUGUCUCUCUUUCACCAAUCAGAUCUCCCCUUCUCCAGCCCUGUCUCUCUUUCACCAAUCAGAUCUCCCCUUCUCCAGCCCUGUCUCUCUUUCACCAAUCAGAUCUCCCCUUCUCCAGCCCUGUCUCUCUUUCACCAAUCAGAUCUCCCCUUCUCCAGCCCUGUCUCUCUUUCACCAAUCAGCUCCCCUUCUCCAGCCCUGUCUCUCUUUCACCAAUCAGAUCUCCCCUUCUCCAGCCCUGUCUCUCUUUCACCAAUCAGAUCUCCCCUUCUCCAGCCCUGUCUCUCUUUCACCAAUCAGAUCUCCCCUUCUCCAGCCUUGUCUCUCUUUCACCAAUCAGAUCUCCCCUUCUCCAGCCUUGUCUCUCUUUCACCAAUCAGAUCUCCCCUUCUCCAGCCCUGUCUCUCUUUCACCAAUCAGAUCUCCCCUUCUCCAGCCCUGUCUCUCUUUCACCAAUCAGAUCUCCCCUUCUCCAGCCCUGUCUCUCUUUCACCAAUCAGAUCUCCCCUUCUCCAGCCCUGUCUCUCUUUCACCAAUCAGAUCUCCCCUUCUCCAGCCUUGUCUCUCUUUCACCAAUCAGAUCUCCCCUUCUCCAGCCCUGUCUCUCUUUCACCAAUCAGAUCUCCCCUUCUCCAGCCCUGUCUCUCUUUCACCAAUCAGAUCUCCCCUUCUCCAGCCCUGUCUCUCUUUCACCAAUCAGAUCUCCCCUUCUCCAGCCCUGUCUCUCUUUCACCAAUCAGAUCUCCCCUUCUCCAGCCCUGUCUCUCUUUCACCACAAUCAGAUCUCCCCUUCUCCAGCCCUGUCUCUCUUUCACCAAUCAGAUCUCCCCUUCUCCAGCCCUGUCUCUCUUUCACCAAUCAGAUCUCCCCUUCUCCAGCCUGUCUCUCUUUCACCAAUCAGAUCUCCCCUUCUCCAGCCCUGUCUCUCUUUCAC